GCGGGAGCUUCCGGGAGCGGCCUGGCUGAGGAGGAGGAGGAGGAGGAAGAGGAGGAUGAAGAAGGAGCAGGUGGCGCACUGCCAGUUCUCCGUGUGGUACCCGCUCUUCAAGGCAGUCACCAUCCGCAGUGUUAUUCUUCCCCUGCCAGAGAAUGUGAAAGAAUAUUUGCUGGAUGAUGGAACACUGGUGGUUUCUGGAAGAGAAGAUCCGCCAAGUCAUGCUCAGGAGGGGAGUGAUGAUGCAGAGGAGAUACAGUGGUCAGAUGAUGAGAACACUACAACACUUAAGGCACCAGAAUUUCCCGAGUUCACAGCUAAAGUUCAGGAAGCAAUAAGUUCCCUGGGUGGCAGUGUUUUUCCUAAACUCAACUGGAGUGCUCCAAGGGAUGCCUACUGGAUAGCAAUGAACAGCUCUCUGAAAUGUAAAGCUCUCAGUGACAUCUUCCUCCUCUUCAAGAGUUCAGACUUCAUCACUCGUGACCUCACUCAGCCAUUUAUUCACUGUACUGAUGAUUCCCCUGAUCCUUCCUUGAACUAUGAGCUUGUUCUUCGCAAAUGGUGUGAAUUAAUCCCUGGUGCAGAAUUCAGAUGCUUUGUCAAGGAAAGCAAGCUUUUAGGUAUAUCACAGAGGGACUACACCCAGUACUAUGAUCAUAUCUCUAAGCAACAUGAGGAGAUCUGUAGAUCCAUACAGGAGUUUUUCAAGAAACACAUACAAUAUAAAUUCUUGGAUGAAGACUUUGUUUUUGAUGUGUACAGAGACAGCAGGGGUAAGAUUUGGUUAAUAGAUUUUAACCCAUUUGGUGAAGUAACAGACUCCCUGCUCUUUACAUGGGAAGAACUCACCUCUGGAAAAAACUUGAAAGGAGACCAGAGUGAAGGGGAAGAAACAGAACAGGAUUAUCCAGUGUUCCGUUGUACCAACAGCAAAGUCACUGUCCAGCCCAGUCCCUACCUGAGCUACCGACUGCCCAAGGACUUUGUGGACCUUUCCACAGGAGAGGACGUUCACAAAUUGAUUGACUUUCUAAAACUGAAAAGAAAUCAGCAAGAGGAUGACUGAGGUACCCAGAGGCAUUACAUUGAAUUACAAGCAAGAAAUGUGGCAAAAUCUGUAUUUAGCAUAACUAUUAAACUAUUGAUUUAAAGAAAACCUGCUUUUUAUAGUCAAUGAAAGAACUGAAGGGCUGUUCAUCCCCAGUGUCUGUUGGUUUAUACAAAAGUGUGAUGAAGCUUUUUCAGGGAAACAUGAAAGGUCAGGGUGAGUUCUCACUGGAUUCCAGGUGCAAAGAAGCAACAGCCUGAGUGCAGCUGAACAAGUGCUUUCCAUUUCUCAUAAUGUGAAGAUUAAUGCCACUGAGCUACACCUUUGGACUCCCCAGUGUAAAUAUGGCAACGUGAAAUGCUUGUGCAGUAAAAACAUGGAGCAUUCUCUGCAUUUAGGCACAGUCUUGGUUAAUAUGUAGUCACAAAGAAAAAGGAAUGUACAUUUUUAUCUGUAGUAACCUUUUAAAAUUGUAAAUUGAUUUUGUUUUGGGAGCACUUCUCAUCCUUUAUGUAAAAAAAAAAAAAAAAGGAGAAGGGAUUUUUUCGUUGUUACAAGGGCUAAUAUUUCAUUUCAGAGAACAGCUGUAGCUGUAGUAAACUACUUAAAGUUUGAAAAUUUUACCUACUGGGAAUUUGAAAUUCUAAAUGCAUUUAAAGUAAAGUAAUAUUUUCACAGUCACUAAAGCAAAAUUAAAUUCAUUUAACUUCACCAAAUUUCAUUUCAUUUUCAUAGUAAUGUAUAGUCCAUGAGUUAAUGGACUAGGCAAGUCUUGUUCUUUACCAGAAAGAAAAUUCUAUAGUUUAGAAUAGAAACCUGUUUUUUUAACAUGAUUACACACUAGACAUCAUCUGUGACUUUAAUUUACAUAAUUAACAUCAACCUAUAAUUUUAUAUACAGACUCAGUCUUGUUUCUUUUGUGUCACAUCUCUGAGUUUCUUACGAAAGCAAUUUUUCUUUCAGUUCUUAAAAUUCUGUAUUCAUUUGGUACUUGUUUUUUGUAUAAAGGGACGCUUGGCUAAAUCUGGGGAAACAGAAGCUCUUGUUACCAAUUGCUGUUGUUUGGGAGGUGGGGGAGGACAGUUUUAGGUGAAUCACCAGCUGACUUUUGGAUAUAGGUGUUUGUAUGGCAUCAGUAAUUUAUUAACAGUGUACAGAGUUCCCAUUGAACAAAAGGACAUUUGAAGAAGCUCAUAACCCCUGGAAACUGGUUCCUCUUUCAAACCAGUUAUGUGAUACUGUGUCUGUGUGUAUAAAGCUGUUUGUGUUUCCUUGCCUUGCUUUUGCUGUCAGACUGGAACGGUGCUUGGUUACAAUCUGUUCUUGGAUGUUAAAUCUGAGCUAAGUUGUUAAAUUAUUACCUAAUGUCUUUAUUUAGCUUCUGUUUUGAAUGAAAACUUACUCGAGUUAAAGAUUAUGCAGAUUAAGAAUCCACACAUUGAUGAAACAUCACAGAUGAAAGCUCCUGGAGUCAGAACAGUCUGCCCUGAACUGAAGCAUUGUUUGAAGCAUUGGAACCUGCUUCUCAACAGCUUUUUGUAUUCAAAUUAGGUGAUCAUUAACUCAGGGCUGGGCUAUACCUAAUCCUCCCAUACUGCAGGAUUUUGGAUGAGUGUUUCUCACCCUCACCAGAGGGAUAACUUGAAUAUAAAUGUCUCUAAAUCGGGUAGGAACCUCAAAGUGUAAAAAAUUAACAAAGCUUUCCUCUUUGUUUUAAAGUUUCUAGCCAUAACUUAAACUGUUGGGGUGAUCUAACCACACUUCCUUCCUUUACACAGAUGACGCCCUGGAACUUCCAAUAGAUCCAUAAAUGCUUCUAAACUACAGAUCAUUGUCUUUAAAAACAAAGCCUUAGUUUAAAGCUGGAAGAUAGUUUCCUACCUCUUCCUUGUGGGCUCCACAAAUUAAUUUACCACUUUCUCAGCUGUCUUUGCUGAAUGUUCACCAGAACAUGUUUGGUGAUGGGAGCAGUUUGCUGGAAACCUGUGCACUCUGGAGUGUCCCUUUAGGUGGGUGGGCUGGAGUUUUUCUCCUCUGUGAAGUGCAGACAGAUGCCCAGUCUGAAUUCAUGGGCUGCUCAGCCAAGCUGAACUGCAGUUUAGAGUUGUCCUGCUUCCUUUGGGUUAACUCCUAGUGAGGAACCUUAAAAGCUAGCAGAGCAAAAAACACUGGUCCCAUGUUCAGAACUGGUACAGAAACAAUCCCCAAUAUAAAAUAUGAUCUACAGGAUCAGGUCCCCCAAAAUACCAUAUCCUUACAGUUUAAAUACAUACUUUAGAUGUACUUUGUUUUUUCCCCAACUUCAGUUAACCAGACAGUGAAUUUUAUUUGGCUGUUAAAUUAAAGAUUCCUCUUCUAAAAGAAUUUUCACUCUAUAUGUCCUUUUGAUCUCCUAGGAUAAUUAACAAACGUAUUUCCUUUGGGGAGCUGAGGGAGCUAAUGUUGAUAGAUUAAAAAUGCUUCAGAUCAAUUUUACACUGAAUAGUACAUGACACUUUUCUAUUCCAUCAUAAAAGCAGUUUCUGCCUCUAGCCAUCAUAUACAGAAAUUUGAAAAUACAAAUUUCCAGUUGUUCAGGUCCUUGUUCAUGGGAUUUAAUUAUAUCAUCACCAUUUGCUGAGUAAGGGCCAACUGUAUACUAUAUAUUCUUAAUUAUAUGCUUAAAACACAGUGUGAAGAUGCUUGCAGUCUCAUCUAGAUGACAAACAGAAGUUUUAGAGGGAGGUAACAUGCAGUCAUUUUAUACAGAUCCUGUGCCUGCCAAACCCUGCAGAAGUCUGGCUGUGUCUGAUGGCUCCAGCAGUGAGAUUCAGUUCUUGGGCUGCAGCUCUGCCAGGAGUGCCAAGGAAAAGUCCUCCUUGUUUCACAGCCAGUACUGGUGAUGUUUAAUCUCCCAGAUGGAUAUGUGGGGAUCAGGAUUCCUGUAACCCCAUAAGUAGCAGUUGUGAACAUGUCCUGGCUUAGUUCAGGGUUUGGAGUGACACUCCUGUCCCUCUGGGCUUCAGACUGUCCGUGCUGGUUGUUCUCUUGACUCUUCUUUCUCCUGUGUUGUCCAUGUCUUUCCUCAUCCCUCAGCCUCUUAUUUGGAUAAAUAUUAAGAUCAGAAUUGGUAGCAGCAGCAGCAUGGAUAAUACUGAGCUGAAUUUUAAAACCUCUAUCCACUUUUCUCUCUUAAAACAGCACAUUUUUGAGUGGUGCUCUAUAAUACCUAAAGAAACCUCUAAACCCUAAAAGUAGGGGAGAAAUAUCCAGGUCCGAGUCUCAGUAAAAUCAGUAGCACUUGUUGGAUGCUGAAUCACAGACUGUAAAAAUCCACAUCUGACACCCUUGGCUAGAAAUGUCAUCUGUCUCAUUGUUACAUACUCACCUGCUGCUCAUGUCCAGGGUGCAGAGAAAAGGUGCCCUGUGAGAUGCAGUUAGGUGCUCAUUUGCACCAGAGACCCUUAGACACUCCUGGUUUCAGGCUUUCAGGUGAGCAUUGCCAGGUGAAAGGACCCCAAAACAGAUCAGGGAUGCUGUGGAGAUGGGUAAUAGCAUGGCACAAACCUUUGUAAAAAUCCUUCUGUACCUUUGUGCAUGGCUGAGUGCAGCUUUCACAAACUUCCAAAUUUGAAGUGUCAAAUAGCCAGAGAGGAGCACAGGGUGUUUGUCAGUGAGCAUAAAUAGGCAAAUCAGCUUGGCAACUGGUAGUUGAUUUCAACCUUAAGAGGCGAGAAGUAUCAGCUCUGGUUGUAUUUGAACAUGUUACAUUUUGUACAUUAGUUCAAGAAGUAAUUCUGAACUAAAAUACAUAUUUUUUGGCCAAGAGAAGAUGGACCUGAAGUGUGACACAGAAACAGACCAUGGUUCUUUUGAUUCAUGAAGGACACUUGGUAACGCUGAUACUUAGAGGCUUAAUAAAUCUACCUUAGCAAAAGUUUGUCUGGAUGUUGAAUUAACAGUGUCUUCUAUUUGAAUUUAAUGACUUCUGUAAAGAGACAAUCUCCAACUUGUGGUCAUCCUGUCGUUAUAUAGAGCUAAAAUAAGACUUGUUGCCAUAACUGCUGUAUUUUGUGUAAUCUUGAAGCUGUCUCAAAGAUACAGAGCCCUUAAGCAGUUCUGUCUGAUUGCAGGAUUUUGUAAUAAUGACGACCUUGGCACUGCA